AUCCAUUUUCCAUUCUGGUGGGAUAAUACAGUCCUUCCAUAAAUCGUUAAAAAUUUGUAAGAGUUUAGUAAGGUUUAUUUUAUUCAGCAAUCGAAACAUAUUGUAUGUUAAGCGAUCAAGGCCACUAGCUGUAUCUUUUCUAGAUUUUACUGCACUGGAUAUUUCAUCAAUUGAGAAUGGGUCAGUGAGAAAUUUUGGGCAUGAAUUAACAGAAUUAAACUGUUUGUCAUCAAAAGGUGAGUGUACAAAAUCAGGAGUAUAUUUGCGUAAAAAAUCAUUGACCCAUGAUAUAUCUUUAAAAUGAUUUUGACGAUGUUUUGAAUUUAGUUUUCUCAUAUUUUGCCAAACAGUGGAAAUUGGUGUUAAUCUAUUAAAUUUGGAACAAAAUUCCUGCCACCCCUGUUGUCUUACUUGCUUAAUUACUAACUUUUUAACAGCUUGAACUCUUUUAAAAUUUAUGUAAUUAUCGAGAGUUGGAUUUUGUUUAAACCUAAGGUAAGCCGCUUUACUAUCAUUGACAGCUGUCGCACACCUGUUAUUCCACCAAGGUACUGCAAUAUGUUUGUGCCUCUUUGAAGUAUUUGCACCGCUAUUUGAUAAGUUCCUACGUGGAACGGAACGUUCCACAGCUGUCAAAAUAAUUUUACAGAACCUAUUGUAAUUGUUUAAGGGUUCAUUGACAUCAUACUCGAAAUCCAAAAGUAAUCGAUUAACAGUUUCAGAAUAAAGAUCCCAAUUAACGAGACAUGCUGCAACGCUCAGAAUUCUUACAGAAUUUAGCUAAAUGUCCAUACCUCAAGCACCGGUAGCAUUGUUUAACUGGUGGUAUAUAUGGAGUGACAUUGUGGCGCCAACCUCCAAUAUCCAGAUAUUCAGACGAUAGAGAAACUGCCGGAUAAAGUUUUGCUGAAUAUUUUCUCGUAUUUAUCACACAGAGAAAUAUGUCGCAUGGCUACAGUAUGCAAAAGAUGGCGAAUGGUAGCAUAUGAUACUCGUCUCUGGACCCAUGUUAGUUUACGACCAGAGAUAUCUGGUUUACAUGUGGGUUCUCUCGAGUCUCUGUUGGCACUAAUAUCAAUAAGAUUUGGUCCUUCGCUGCGAUACAUCGAGUUGCCAAUAGAGCUGAUCACCCACACGGUGCUGCACGAGUUGGCGGCAAAGUGUCCUAAUCUGACGCACAUGCUCCUUGAUUUUAGUACAGCUAUGCAACUUCACGACUUCUCCGAAAUGCAGGCGUUCCCCACCAAACUGCGAUACUUGUGUAUCUGUCUUUCGGAAGUCAUCUUCAUGGAGGGCUUCAUGAGGAAAAUUUACAACUUUAUCAACGGUCUCGAGAUCUUGCAUCUCAUUGGAACAUACGAGAAAAUAGAGGAAGAAGAGGAAGAAAUAUAUGAAGUGAUAAAUGUACACAAACUGAAGUCGGCGACGCCGAAUUUACGCGUCAUCAAUUUGUAUGGCAUCAACUUUGUUGACGACUCACACAUUGACGCUUUUAGUUCAAACUGUAUACAGCUGGAGUGUUUGGCGGUGAACUUCUGCAACAAAGUGACUGGCUCCACGAUGAAGACGCUGUUUCAGCGCUCGCGAAGGCUCACUUGCCUUCUUAUGAAUGGCUGCAAUCUCCAAUCAGAAUAUGUGAUGCAAGUGGAAUGGGAAAAGUCCUCAAUCCAGGAACUGGAUGUGACAGCCACUGAUCUGUCCACCGAGUGUCUCAUUGACAUGCUUACCAGGAUCCCCAACCUGAGAUUCUUGAGUGCUGGUCAGAUCAACGGCUUCAACGAUUCCGUGCUAAAGGCCUGGAUGGAGUCGGGAUCAGCUAGGAAUCUGGUGGCUUUGGAUGUGGACUCUUCGGACAAUCUGUCGGACGAGGCGCUGCACCGGUUCCUGUCGCGGCACGGCAGCCAGCUGUGGGGGCUCGUGCUCAGCGGGAUGCCUCACAUCACCGAUCAGCUCUGGCAGAGCGUGCUUCAACUGCUCACAAACGCUAAGAUCCUCAUAAUGGGAACACAGGAGCGACUUGGCGUUAACAUACAUGUUGAUCAGCUGAUGGACGGCAUUGCGACCCACUGCCUCAACCUGGAGCGGCUGGAGCUUCGCUGGGACCCCGAGAACUUGCGUUUCAGCGACAAGAGCCAGAAGGCGAUAGAUAUACUGCGCGUCAAGUGCCUCAAACUCAAGUGCCUUGUGCUCAGCGAUGGUCGUUACUACGAGAUCGUGAAGGCGAACUUCGAGCGCGCGGACCGCACCACAGUCGUCCGAACGUCUACAAACUGUCGCGUCUCGAACUAUUAUCUACUCUCCAACUACAAGGACCUCAUAUUCAACUAAAUAUUUAUACACACACGUCAUAAACGGGCAAAAUACACAAACUUACCAACUAUGAAAGGAAUGUAAUAAUAUAUUAUGUUCAAUAUUAGACGCCAUCUAGUAGUAAACUAAGUAGAACUCGUACUAUGGGUUAGGUAAUUGAUAGAUAUGAUAUGUAUUGAUGAGUAUGUCUUUUUGUAUUCUAUGUAUGUAUUUAUUUACUAAAAAGUAUUUCUAAUUAUCUAAUACUAUAGUACACGCUUUUAGUUUGACACACUACUGGUUACACACUAGAUGGUAGGGGUGGGUAAUAUACUGUAACAAUAUCUAUAUACUUUAGUUAAAAUAUCUGUAUAUUGGUCCCAUAACGAAUAUUUUAAGUGUUAUCUAUGAAAAUAAUAUUGGAAAAUAGACUUUUAACAUAUUCGAAAAAUAAAUAUCACACCGAUAUGGGUAAUAUCGAGAUGGGUCAUGACCUUCUUUAUAUCAUCAAUGUUAAGAACCCAAUAUAUAGAUAUCGGAUCGGUAUCCAUAUUACCCAUACUUACUAGAUGGCGAUGUAAUGAUUAUUUACAGUUACUUUUUUGUGAAUGCAUAAACAUUAUACAUAGUAAACAGCCAGACCAUACAAAAAGGCAUGGUCUGAAUACAAUUAUUUGUAUUGUGCAGGGAUCGAACCUGUGACUAUUGGAAGGAGGCGAUGUGUUAAACUGCUACAUCACCAAGGUCAUCUAAGUUAUAUUUACCAAAUUAUACUUAUAACUUCUCCAGGGGUUUUUAAAAUGAGAAGCGUACUUCCGAGGCAUAGAAACUUCUAAAGACCCGUUAGAAAGGUGACAAACAAAUACAUAAAUAAAAUGCCGUCAAAGGCAUCAAAACGCUUCUAUGAUGUCCGUGGUGAGAGCACCAUGAACAGUCCAUGUCUCUAUAGUUCGCCUAUUCGAUGAUUUUAAUUUUCCAUCAGGUAGAAUGACGGUUUGUUUGCCAUUUUAAGUAACAUAAAUAAAUGAGAUAGAAAGAGACGGCGACGUGCUGUCUUUUUCUUUCUCACGCGAGCCUUUUUCUUUUUUACCUGGAACGUUACCCGCAGAUUCGUUUCUCAUUUGUUUAGCGACCCAAAAGGAUUUCUCUUUUAACAUUGAUGUCAGUUUUUAUAAAGUUAUAAAUUAUGUAUCUAUAUUGUAUUGUCUAAAAAAUUAAUUCUUAGACAUAUCUUGAGGUGACCUAUUCACCUAGUAAUAUUUUGCAUUAGUGCAAAACUAUAAGCAUUUUCUUCUAAUGCCUCGCAUGAUUAACUUGGCAUAGCCACGUACAUAUAUAUACAAAUUAAAAAUAAAUUUAUGCUGAAUAAAAAUGUAUUACACCAUACACUGCAGAAAAUACUUGGAAUUUGUUUACAGUACAGAGCAUAUACUGAAGACGGAAACUUAAUAACCAGAGGGAGACUGUACAAAAGUCGAUUGCUUGGGUACCUCUGUCCCAUUCGUGUUUCUACCGUGAAGCAGUUGUGUUUGCAUGGCUGUGUUUCGGUUUGAAGGGUGGGAUAUGGCGUGAAUUUACUGGGUACAGAGGAAUAACACCUGAGUCCUUAGGAAUGGCAACGCAUGGGGGGUAUCAUUGGCGAAACAGUAUACUCUGUUAUGUCCACGGUACUGCUCGUAUCUAUAGGCGACGGUUACCACUUUCCAUCAGGUGGGCCGUCAGCUUGCUUGCCAUUCUAAGUCGUAUAAAAAAAAUUUAACUCGUAAAGAAGGAUGAAUUUGACUUUUUGUUUGUAAUGGAUAAACUCGAAAAUUAAUGUUUUGUUUUUUUAAAUUUCGAAAAAAAAACCAGGACAGGUUGACAGUUUUAUAUUUAAUUUGAUUACCAUCAUAUAUGCCGUCAACUGUCCACUGCUGAACACAAGCUUCAACCAUAAUGUGGGUUUACCAGUAGUUGCCACGCUUGGCAGGCGAGUUGUCAACCGCAGUUAGCUUUGGUGAUGUUUUAAGAGGAACGUUACUGCCCAACCGUCGGCUAUUAAGUUCUCUUAGUCGCCUUUUAUGACAUCCCCGUGAAAGGAAGGGGUGACCCAUUCUAUGUCGGGACUACGCUGCAAUUUAAUAAAACUUUUUUAUUAGUUUCAAUGGGUCCCGUUCUGUACCUUGUAAUAUGCUAUGACGAUAUAAAUGACCAUUUUAAAGUAAAUAUUUUCGCAUGUCAGUUGAAAUCAUGGACAAUGACCCCUAAAGUUGUGUUUAUUUUUAAACAAACAUCGCUGCAAAUGUUUAAAUAAAAAAAUAAAAAACUAAGCAUAAUUAGACAUAAAGGAAGUGUUCUAAUCUUGAUUAUGCGGCGAGAAACGGGUACUAUACAAUUUAUGUUAAUUUGUUUAGAAGCCGGUCAGUUUUGGGCUAAUUAUGUAAAAUAUUUCACGGUAUUAACCAAUUUUAUACUAGAUUUACUGUUACAACUGCAAAAUUUUAUAUUACAAUAAACUGUUAAAGAUUGAUAAAUGCAAUUUUAUUUUUGACAAUUUUAGACUAUGAAUAAAAAUAUAUAAUUGCUAAAAUAAUAGUUUAUUUACACAUUUUUAUAUCAGAAAAAUUACUAUUUUUAUAUAUAAUAUAUAUAUAUUUUUUUAUUAAGUUACAGUCAAUUAUUAAAAGCUAUUUCUAAAUAAUAUCAAUAUUUACAAAUAGCUUUAAAUUCGUCUAAUAAUAUAAUUUUCAAAACAGUACCAACUGCUUUUUGUUAGCUCGGUAACACUUGAGAAUUUUUGUCAUAAUCGUGUAACAAUGUACAGCGACAGGCUCGCAAGCACAUAAAAUCCAUUAAGCUUAACUUAUAGACAACACACGCCAGAAAUAACUCAUCCACCACAAGACAAAAUUCAACUCACCAUUUCAAAUCACAGUCUUACCUCAUUUAUAAAAAAAAAAAAAAAAACAAUAA